AUGCCGCUACAAGACACAGUCCGCGAGACCGUCCGCGGCGAAAUCGCCGGCGUCACCGCACUCGGCAGAGAGGCCGUGGCCUCAGGAGCCUACCUAUACCCCAUCAAGGGGAUAUUCUACUUUGCCCGCAACCGCUCCCUGUGGAAGCCGCUAACCUCCCGGCUAGUACCCCUCAUGGGUCUCAGCACUGGUGUCAUCACGUCCAUGUUCCUUUUCACCUACAUACCCCAGUCCUUCCUCCUCACAUUCGUCAACGGCCCCAUCGCCUGGCUAACCACCAUCGUCCUCGUUCUCUCCGAGUCCGCCGCCAUCAUCACCGCACUUGCGCGUAGCUUCCUCAUCGACGAAGCGCUCACAGACAUCUUCGACGCCGUCCUCCUACAAGAAGGACUUCCACGCCUCGUACAGAACGGGAGGGAGCUCAACCCCUCCGGGAGCCCGAUGGGGCGGCUAGGCAAGACCAUCAAGCGGCCGUUUCAGAAGUACACGCUCCAGAGCCUGAUUAGCUACCUUGUGUGGCUGCCGCUGAACUUCAUCCCCGUUGUGGGGACGGUGGUGUUUAUUUUUGUGCAGGCGAGGAAGAAUGGGCCGGGAUUUCAUGACAGGUGGUUUCAGCUGAAGGGGUAUAGUGCGAAGCAGAAGGAGGUGUUUGUGGAGAGGAAUAAGCCGGCGUAUAUUGGAUUCGGGACUGUGGCGAUGCUACUACAACUGGUUCCUAUCGCCUCGAUCUUCUUCUCGUACACGAAUACCGUUGGCGCGGCGCUGUGGGCCGUUGACAUGGAGAAGAAGCAGAGGCCCGCAAAAGGGAAGGCGGUUGGUGGUGUGAAUGUUGGCGAGGAGGCGGUGGGCCGGAAGGAGUUGUAG